GCCUGUGGCACCGGGCUCUCCUGGGUUUAGGCGAGGCCCAGCUGCUGUGGGGUGGUUAGAACUAAACUCAUUUUAUUCUCUGCUGCGGUAGUCUGGCCAAAUCGACAGUACGACUGCAACCCUGAGAGGUGCUGCUGUGGGGCAGGCGGAGCUCCCGCGGUGUCACAGGUGACACAGCUGUGUCCGAGGUGUCAGGGUGGUCAAAAAGAAGGUGACAGGAGCAUCGACAGUCAUUGGUGUCAAAUUCUUCUUACUGGUACUUAGGGAGGUUUGUUAUGUUCAGCAGGUAAGGGCCUGGCGGGCCGGUUGGCUUUCAGUGACAGCUCUGUCACUCGGAGGGUCAAACCCUGAACAGCUGCUGUUCAAACUGUUUCUCAGGCUCAAUGCUCUUUAUGCUGGUGUAAAAUAUUUCAUGCAGGACAGACCCUCCUUGCUCACAGGUGUUAACAAAGCAAUGCUGAAGUGCUGGGUCUGGGUGCUGUAGGUGUGUCACGGUGCUGAAGUCGAGCCUAAGGACAGCUUAGUGCCUCACAUGUUCCUCGCGAUGUACUGGAGUGGCGUUUAGGCAGCGCUGAGACUAACUCAAAAGGACAGUUGCGAGCCUGGCCUUGGAGCUCUUUUCUCUUUAUUUCCCUCUCUUGGAAACUGUGUCAGAGUGGAAGGUUGCAAGAAGAGAUCCUACAGCUGCUCGAUCAGCGAUUCCAGCAGAGGGGUGGAGAUCAAAAAUGUCAAAAAUUACUACAGAACUUCUUUUGGAAAGAGCGGUUCCAAGAUCUACGAGGCUCCGAAAGAUCGAGACGCUGAACCUGUCCAAGCUACAGCUGAAGACUGGAGACUUAGACCCGCGUUUGUUUUCCCGUCUGAGGCAUCUGCAGAAACUGGAUCUCUCUGAUAAUUUACUGGACAAAUUUCCCAACAGUCUAACCUUGCCUGAUCUGCGUGUCCUAAACUGCAAUAACAACAAACUGGAAGAUGUAACUGCUCUGAAACAGUUUCCACUGCUCGAGGAGCUAACCUAUGAGAACAACGUGUACUUGACACUCAAUGAUGACUAUAAAGUAAUGUUUCUUUUGCAAAACCUUCGGCUACUCAAUGGCAAGGACAUAACCAAACUGGCUAAUCAUGUGAGGCGUGUCAACAGUCGUAAGCUCACCAGCAAGGUUACCGCUCACUGGAAAAAAUUCUUCCGUGACCAACUUCCUGAGAAAUACACGGCUGAGCAAGUGAAGUCCGUCAAGAAAAAGUUCCUGAAGUCAGUACAAACCAAUGUAGUAUAUGGACCCAGCUCACUCAGCGAAUUCACCCGCUGGCGGGUGAAAAUGAUUGCAGAAGAGUUUCUGGCACAGUCACUGGGUCUGGAGUUAAGCACAGAUACUGAAGCAGAGGAGAAGACAGAUGAGGAUGAGGAAGAAACCACAGAAAGCCCCAGGGAAGCUGCAGAGGAUGUGGGUCAGGUCACAGUAACGCCCAACAAGAGGAAAAGAAACAAUUCAAAAGCAGGCUCUGGAAACAAGAGGUCCAAGUCACAGGCAAACACCGAGGAGGAGGCUGUAGUUAAUCCCCAGAAGUCCAGUCACGUGCAGGAUGACCCAGCUCCUGAUACACCAAGAACAUCAAACCAGCCAGCCAAAGAGGCAACACCAGAGCAGGGAGCUGAAGGGACACAUAAGAAUGGAGAGCAGUUUCCCAGGGGGCAAAGCAACAGAAGAUCCAGCCAGCUGACAGGGGAACAGAAAAGCCAGGAGGAGAACAACGGGGUUGUUAGCUUGACCCCAGUGAAGAUCUCCAAGGGCAAGGAGGAUGUCAGUGCAGAGCCAUUGCAUUUUCUUCAGUGUCACAGUAAAGGCAACAGCCGCGAGGAUUUUAAAACGCAGCUCUGGUCCUGUGUCUUCGAGCCAUUGCUAGACUGUGGAGCCAGGAAAGAUCCCAUUGUGAGCUCCUCCAGAACUGUGGCAACAUGUGGAGGGGAAUCCGUCUGUCUGAUUGAUUGUGAGACGGGGACGGUGCUGAAAAAGUAUAAGGUGGUGACAGAGGAGUUUUUCAGCGUUGCAUGGACAACCCUCACAAUGGUAAUCGGCGACGGCCGGAAAAAAUCUCAUAAUAUCUUGGCUGCUGCUGGGAGGAGAGGGAUCGUCAAACUGAUUCACGUGGCGGCUGACUUCUGCUAUGGAGAGAUAAAGGCUCAUAAAAAGCCCAUUGCUACUGUCUGCUUUGGCCCAACUCGAGAAACUCACCUCUUCACUGCAUCCUAUGACAAGCGAAUUGCACUCUGGGAUAUUGGGAUUCCAGACUGUGACUACAAUUUCAAAGCAAGCCAGCUGCUGGUGCUGGAGGUGCUCUCCAUCCCCUUACGGAUUGCCCUGGUCCCCACCUGCCCAGAUCAGUACUUGCUGGCUGGCUGUGAAAGCGGCUGCUUUGCCUGGAAUAUAAAACUGGAUAAGGAGCAAAAAAGCAGGCCUUUUGAAGCCGUAUUCCAGUUUCCCGAUGAGGACGGAGCCAUGACGACAUCCCACAGGGUUGAUGGUUUGGCUUUUCUGAAUGAUGAUGUCAUUGUUUCCAAGAGCUCUAAACCAGGCUGCAUCUACGUGUGGAGCUGGAGUCGCUCUUUUGACGCGAAGGGGAAAGGAUGUCAGCGAACGGUGUCUGCGGUUAUUCUAGCUGAGCUGGAAUGGUCCAUGACAGACAUGUCCUACCUGACCCUCAGCACCUGCCCAGCAAAAGAAUAUGUGUUCUGUGGUGAUGAGAAGGGAAGUGUGUGGAUGUACAGCCUCUCAAACUACACCACAGCGUGGAACUCUGCAAAGGGCAAACGCUCAGACAAGAGGAUCUCGCCUGCACAGAUUCUCAAGUGGCCGGAGCUUCGAGCAAAUGGGGAGCAGCUGACUGAAAUCCUAAUAAACAAUGUGGUAUCAGACCCCACAUUCACUUACCUUGUUGUUCUAACUGGUGUGAACAUAACGGCAAUUUGGAAGAAGUCAUAGUUCCUUGUAAGAGUUUCAUUCCCGUGCUUUGCAAUAGUGCAGUAUUAGUGACUGUUACCCAUGUAACCAUGACGUUUUCUAGACCCGCUAUUACAUGCAAGAGAAGAAAAAAAGGUAAGAGUUUGUUAAACUCAUCAAGUCAUUGUAAACAUCCAGUUUCUUUUACUGUAAGUUUUCACAAUUUGUGCAUUUGUUUUAUAGAAAUGACACGUAAUAAAACAAACUACCAGUUCA